AUGGAUAUAGCAGUGAAAGAACAAGACUACUCAAACGGACUUAUAAAAAACUCAGCUGCGUUUGAAAAUUUGAAAUUUAGCAAUAUCAAAAAUUUUAAAGUUCAGAAGAGAUUCCAAAUCCUGUAUUACAUUCUGUUUGUUUUCGUGACGGGGAUCUUUUUCUUCUUUCUAAUUAGUACCUACUUUUUUACCCCCAAUUAUAAGGUUAACAAAAUCGUGCAAAACACGGAACAUUUAACUUUAGCUUUUAAAAUCGAGAGACCCUAUGACAAGGUACUAAAAACGAUAUCCAAGAAAAACCUGAAGAAUUACAUUAAGGAGACUUUUAACUUUUUCAAAUCGGGUUAUAUGAAACAAAACUACUUAGGAAGUGAAAAUGAUGUGAUCGAAUUAGAUGAUGUAGCAAACAUUAUGUUCUAUGGAGAAGGAGAAGUAGGAGACAACCACCAAAAGUUUAUGCUCAUCUUUGACACGGGUUCUGCCAACUUGUGGGUCCCAAGCAAAAAAUGCAAUAGCAGCGGAUGCAGCAUUAAAAAUCUGUACGACUCUAGCAAGUCUAAGUCUUACGAAAAGGAUGGAACCAAAGUUGACAUUACUUACGGAUCUGGAACUGUGAAAGGUUUCUUCAGUAAGGAUCUAGUUACCUUGGGACAUUUGUCUAUGCCAUACAAAUUUAUAGAAGUGACUGACACUGAUGAUUUAGAACCCAUUUACAGCAGCGUCGAGUUUGAUGGAAUAUUAGGUUUAGGAUGGAAAGAUCUCUCCAUCGGAUCAAUUGAUCCCAUCGUUGUGGAGUUGAAGAACCAAAACAAAAUUGACAAUGCCUUGUUUACCUUUUACCUCCCUGUACAUGACGUCCACGCUGGUUACCUAACCAUUGGUGGAAUUGAAGAGAAGUUUUACGAAGGAAACAUCACUUAUGAAAAAUUGAAUCACGACUUGUACUGGCAAAUCGACUUAGAUGUACAUUUUGGAAAGCAAACUAUGGAGAAGGCCAACGUCAUCGUUGAUAGUGGCACAACUACUAUUACCGCCCCUUCAGAAUUUUUGAACAAAUUUUUCGCUAACCUGAAUGUUAUUAAAGUUCCCUUCCUCCCAUUCUACGUAACUACCUGUGACAACAAGGAAAUGCCAACUUUGGAAUUUAAAUCAGCCAACAACACAUAUACCUUAGAACCCGAAUACUACAUGAACCCAAUUCUUGAGGUGGAUGACACCCUUUGCAUGAUCACCAUGCUGCCAGUUGACAUUGAUUCGAACACCUUCAUUUUGGGAGACCCAUUCAUGAGAAAGUACUUCACCGUUUUUGACUACGACAAGGAGAGUGUCGGUUUUGCCAUCGCAAAGAAUUAAUCGCAGUGGUGAGGAAAAGGAGCCAAGUGGAGGGAAAAAAAACCACCACACGGGGGCAUAUAAAAUGUACUUCUAAAUGCUACACACGUAUCACUUCGGAGUAGCAUCGAAUAUAGGGAUGUUUUACUCCCAAUGAGUUAAACAUACAAUGGAAGUUAGAUAAUCAUAAAAGAGAGAGAGAGAGGAGACUGGCACAGGUAGCAGAGUUACACACAGAGACAGACGUUUCUGUGUUGGUGCUGUAAUUAGAACAGGCCCAUCUGCCCAGGGGGAGUUCCAGAAAAAAGAAAAAAAAAGGAGGGGUAAAAUAUACUUUUAACGUUAUUUAUUUCCCCCUUUUUUUUUCGACUCCCCUGCGCCUUUUUCCCAUCCUUUAAAAGCCAUUUCGAUUAUUGGUAAGCCAAUCGAGUAACCAAAAGGGCUAUAUAACCUUUACCAUGACAGAGACUCAGGGGGCGCGGCGGCUUGAUCGGCCCCGCCCCAACUGUCGCUGCGUGUAAAAAAAAAAAAAAAGUGUGAAAAUAAGCGUGUGUGUUUACCUGUGUGUCGUUCACCUUCCUUUUUUUUUUUCCCGUGUGAAAACGUAAGGUGGAGCGUUCAGAUAUAUAUUAUAUAUAUAAAUAUGCAUAUACAUAUACAUAUUUAUGUGAGCGGGUGAACGCGCACGUUUUCACCUCG